AUGCUCGUGCCCCCUGAAAUGAUGGCGGCGCAAUCUAAACUCGUCUACCAGAUGAACAAGUACUACAAUGAGAGAGUCGCCAAUAGGAAGGCGCAAAUCACCAAGACCAUUCACGAAGUAUGCAGGAUAGUCCAGGAUGUCCUUAAAGAAGUAGAACUUCAAGAGCCGAGGUUUAUUUCCUCACUUACGGACUACAACGGGCGGUUCGAUGGUUUGGAAGUGGUUUCACCUCAUGAGUUCGAAAUAGUAAUAUACCUGAACCAAAUGGGCGUUCUCAACUUCGUAGACGACGGCUCCCUACCCGGCUGCGCUGUCUUGAAACUGAGCGACGGAAGGAAGCGCUCCAUGUCCCUCUGGGUUGAAUUCAUCACUGCAUCUGGCUAUUUAUCAGCGAGGAAAAUCCGAUCAAGGUUCCAAACUUUGGUGGCCCAAGCCUGUGACAAAUGUUCCUAUAGAGAUUGCGUAAAAAUGAUCGCUGAGACAACUGAAGUAAAGUUACGAAUCCGCGAACGAUACGUAGUACAGAUUACACCUGCAUUCAAAUGCGCCGGGUUAUGGCCCCGGUCCGCCGCACACUGGCCACUGCCGGCUAUACCCUGGCCACACCCCAACAUUGUGGCCGAAGUGAAAACUGAAGGGUUUGAUUUACUAUCAAAAGAAUGUUUGGCAUUGCAAGGCAAGAACUCUGCAAUGGAAGGUGAUGCGUGGGUGUUGAGUUUCGUCGAGGCUGAAAAUCGCUUACUGCAAGGCGGAUGUCGGCGAAAAUGCCUAAGUAUCUUGAAAACGAUCCGAGACAGGCAUCUAGACUUGCCGGGAAACCCCGUAACCUGUUAUCAUAUGAAGACGCUGUUGUUGUACGAAUGCGAAAAACAUCCUAGAGAACAUGAGUGGGACGAAGUGGCUAUUGGAGACAGGAUCAAUGGCAUUUUCCUACAGUUAAUCUCAUCGCUGCAGUGCCGCCGAUGUCCUCACUAUUUCCUGCCGCACGUGGACCUGUUUAAAGGAAAAUCGCCGACGGCGCUGGAAAACGCCGCAAAGCAAGUGUGGAGGCUUACAAGGGAGAUGCUCACUAAUUCCAGGGCAUUCGAGAAGCUGUGA